AUGCUGCCCCCCAUCAGUCAAGGUGCAUAUUUCGAAGUAUACAGUAUUCCUUUCCAGUCUUUGACAGGAACAUACUUGCCUCUGAGCUCUCCAGAGGUGCCUGGAAAGUUCCUUCCAGAGAUCGUCGCUGUCAAAUGCCCAAAGAUAAUGGGCGAGUUGUGCGACAAGCGAAAUCAAAAGCUGUGGAGUUGCAUGGAGUUGCAGAUACUGCGAAACCCACAUAUCCAAGAAUAUGAAAACAUCGUUUCCGUUCUGGGAGUCUGCUGGCGAUCAAUAAGACGCCAGACCAUGCCGGCUUUUGUUAUGGAGCUGGCCCAUACAAAUCUCGAAGCAAUGAUGCAGUCCGAAGGCUUCACAAUCGAUAAGAUGAGUACCCGCAAAGCCUUUGGACUUGCCAUCGAUGUCUGCGCCUGCGUAUCCGCACUCCACGAAGUUGGCAUCAUACAAAGCGACAUCAAGCCUGCCAACGUCCUGAUAUUCAAACAUCCAGAACUCAAGUUCGUCGCCAAAAUCUCCGAUUUUGGCUCAUCAUUGCUGAAAACAGAUAUCAAAGAGCUGAUUCGUCUUCCAUUCAAGAGUGGGAUCUGGCAAGCCCUAGAGUGCAAAAAGAUUCUUGACGGUGAAAACCUUAUCAGCGCAGAUACAUUUUCUCUUGCACUUCUAGUGUCAUAUAUUCUCAGCAGAGGAUACACUAUGGCAAUUUUUGAGAAUCAUGGAUCUAAAACGCCAUCUGAACAUCCUGGGCAGUCUAGGCCAUACGAUUGGUACGAACUGUUUGAGCCAUCUGAAGAUGACAUUCAAGGAAUUUAUGAUAAAUCGGCGCAAUACACCUAUCAUACAUUGAGCUGGUUUCUAAGGACUGUCAUCGAAGCCGAAGAGAAUAAGUGCUAUGGACUGGCUGCUACACAACAGCCAGAUGAAAUGACGGAUGAUCCUGGGGAACACAAAGAAGCUGAGGAUGCUACUGAUGAAACUUCACAUUUCAAGCCCAUUGCCCAGAUUGCGCAUACAGUAGGGGAGACUGUCACACCAAGAAGUAAUAUUCUACACCAGAAUCUACGAAUAUGCCUUAGCUGGAUUUUCAGUAGAGAUAUUCUAAACCCCUUGAACCAUUGUGACCGUGCAACAAUGAGGCGUUUCAUUCAAACGACAGACCUAAACCCGCAGAAACACGAGAUAUUGAAUAACCCAGAAGAUGAUAAGGCGCGCGCCUGGAGUUUCGCACGAACGACCGAGUAUAUCGACAGAAGGUCUUACAGCAUAUCCCACAAACAAAACCUCCCACAGCUCGAUGAAAUAACCCAAUCCGAGUCUACUCAUAGAAUCCCUGAGAUAAUAAAAGCCUGGAAAAGACAUGAGCUUCCAAAACCAAAAGAGAUGUACUCAAUACAUGAUGCUGCCGUCGCGCACGAUGAGCGAGAAGACAAGCUAUGUCGAGCAAAAGCUGCAUGGCAGUGCUCUAUUCUUCAGUUAAGAAUGAGAAAGAUAGAGAAAAGCAAACACGAUGAACUCAACUCAAUACUUCAAUUAAUGCUUCUUGCCGCUCGAUUAGGACAUACUGUAGCUGGCGGGAUGGUUGGGUGGCUUUGUGCUGUAUUCGAGCUGGAGCUGUCGGUUUCCCUAGAAGAAGAGAAGCAAUGGCUUUAUGCAGAAAUCUGUAUAGGCAACUCUACAGCACGAAGGCGAUUGUCAUCCCUCGAUAUGGAAGAAUGCCAGCGGGCAGUCUCACAUCUUCAUUCACCUAGCAGUCUUGGAUCCAUUUUCCAACUUGCCGCAACUGGGGGCCGCUACGAACUUGUCCAUCGUAUUAUCAUUUCGAAAGUUCAACAUAUGAACAUAAACGAACUAUUUGAGGGAAAUGAAAGUGUUUUGUUAAAGGCAUGUCGAUCCGGAUUUGCUGAGGUCACUCUUCUUCUGCUUGAAAAAGGUGGUGAUCCCACUUUGGCAAACUACGAGGGAGUUACCCCGUUACACUUCCCGAGCUCCUUUGAUGAAGAAUAUAUCCCAAAAAUCACAGAUGCACUGACAAAGGCAGGGGCAGACCGAGAAGCUCGUUCGCACCAAAGGUGGCAAUACAAGCGGUGCAUUGACUCAACAUAUGGGACCAUUGAAGGUACUCUAUUAACUUGGGCUAUCACCGCAGGUAAUGAAACAGCCACUCAAGCACUCAUGGACAUCGGGGCAGACCCUUUUGAUUUGAAGGGAAGAGAGAUAGAGUAUGAUGACGCUUGGGCCAACAACAUCCAUGUUUUUCCCGUAUGCACUUUCAAUCAGGCUCUUAUCCAUGGAAGUGAUUACGAGCAAGCUCUCCAAAGAACCUUCGAAAUUCUUAUCCGCCAUGGAGCAAACCCGCUAGAUAUCAAUGGCAAGGGACAAUCCGUCGUUGUAUCUGCUCUGGGACGAAGUCAACCGUACAUAUUGGACUAUUUGAUAACUUGGCAAGACGGGAAAUUACAGCCAAGUAGCUCGCAAUGGAUACGCUGUCUUUGGAUUGCCUGCUCUCCUCAAGACAAAGCGGCAUUUCAGUCGCUUAAUGCGCUUGUUAAGGGAAAGUAUGUUAUAGCUCGUUGGAUCUAUGAAACGCGAAAAUGCGACUUGACCAGAAUGACCGAUGGGACGACGAUUCUAGGCAGAUUUAUUGUGUCAUCCAAUUCAUAUAGCAAUUCUUCCCGCCAUAUUGAUGUUUUCCUAGACAUGGUUGAUACAGAUGCUGUGUACUACGAUGUAUUUGAACUUGAUGGGCCGAAAAUGUCUGCAGUACAUGAAGCUGUUUUUAUGUUGGAAUACCGACCCGGCUCGUCUCACUCUACUUCGACGCUCCAAAGUAUUUUCAGACGCAAGUAUGAGCCAGAAUACUUGAAUUUGACUAUUUCCGAAGGCGGAUACAAGAGAAGCACGGCAUUACGUCUUGCCGUAGAAACGUGCAAUGAGGUAGCUGAGACGCCCGAGGAGAAACGUGAGGAGGCUAACCAACGUCACUUUGAAAGCCCGAUGUUGAUAUUACAUAUGCUCUACUCCACAAAACGUGCACGGUCUAGGAGAAUUCUAGCAUCUGUCACUAAAAUCGAAGUCGAUGAGCUUAUGGUCAUUUUGUAUGAUCCAGAAGAGUUCAAGAUGAUAAAGGUUCAAUGCCCAGGUACAGUCAAUCCCUAA